ACCAAAGCGGCACAAAUGGCGACCAAGUACUCAGAUCUGGAGCUGGCCAUCAACACUCUCGUGACGGAGUUCCACAGCGCUGCCGACGACAAGCCGACCAUGAGCAGCAGCCAGUUCCAGACCAUGAUGAGCAAACAGCUGCCGAGCUUCGCAGAGACGCUGGAUAGCGAGGACGGCCUCUCUCAGGUCCUCCAGCACAUGGGCGUGCAGAGCGGCCAGAGCAUCUCCUUCGAGAACUUCUGGACUCUGGUCCAGCAGCUGGCCGGCCAGCAGUUCCAGCUGCUGCACAAGGACAAGAGCGUCAAGUGCAGCUGCCUGCUGCAGUGAGGCACCAGCGAAGAAGAAACACCACCCGCUGAGGCUUGGCGCGGGACGUCCCGAGAGAGGGGAGGGCGAGCGGCACACAGGACUCACACAAAUCACAUUUUAUUUUUGUUUCAGAUGUUAAAGGGUGAUGUUGCUUGGGUGUGACGGCGCCCCCCGCAGGUCAUCACGCACAGCGUCCUCGGCUCCGGAGCCACGCGGCCGCACGUUCCUGUUGUGUUUGUUAAUAAAA